ACAGGUUGAAGAUGGACAUGAAUCAAACGUGACACAAAAUAUACAAGAUUCGAAGCCCAAAGCGAGGUUCGAACGGUCGCGAUUUUAUCUGAAUAAUUUCCGGUUAUUUAUUUAAUUCAUAGAAAAGGGUUUGAUGCGUUUGCCGGGAAACAAAAGGAAGCAAACGAAUUUGCCAAGGAAAAUAUUUGAUCCCAUAAUCUGAUGGGAUAUCCUUACAAUCCUAAAAUGAUAAUAUCUGCAAUAGUUCUACAUCUGCUUCUUCUGUCACAUCAAACAGUUUCAGAGGAGCAGGUGCAGCGGUAUGUUACUGGAGAGAAGGAUGAGAAUACUACACUACAGUGUCUUGACCAGCCAGUUAAUGCGUCUUCACUUCUAUAUCGUUGGAAGAAAAAUGGGGCUGUUGUUGCAACCCAAAACCCCUCGAAGCCAUCAGAGCAUCUUUCCAUUUCAAACAAUGGCUCUCUUUGGAUCAGUGGCCUUCAGUAUAUAGAUGAAGGCCAAUAUGAAUGUGAAUCCCAAACAAAGGAUGGCAGCUCAUGGCAAACUCUCUCAAACAUCCUGCUUCGAAUUGCCGGUAUGGUGCUAUGGAUAUCUAAAUCGAAUGUAUCACAUUUACCAGGAAAAUAUGAAGCAGAGAUGCCGUAUCCCUUAGGAGAUCCCAUGGUAACCGCUUUGGUGGGCAGCAAUAUCACCCUCAGCUGUACUGAGACCGACUCUCUGCCACCCGCUAAGACUGUCUGGAUGCGAAAGGACAACAAAAUCAUCAACACCACCUCCAAAUAUAUUGUGUCUGAUAAUAACCCCAACUACAAACUCACUAUAAUCAAUGUAACUAAGGAAGAUGAAGGGAUCUACUACUGCUACAGUAUAAACCCUCUUGGUCCAAAAGAACUGGAAGUGUAUCUUACUGUGAAGACUUCUGCAAACAAUAAAGGGGCCGUGGUUGGUGUCUUUGUUUCUGUUUUGAUAAUGAUGAUUGGAAUCACUGUCGGUGUAACGAUAUAUUCAAAGCGGGAUAGAAUUUGUAUUGGUUUAGGAUUUAGUCAUUUAGAUGAUGACAGAGGGGAUAUACUGAGUUUAGUGGAUUCAGAUGAAGAGGUAAUUUUCCAUGAUACUGUUCCACAACUCCCUCCGCUGACAAACGGACAUGCAACCACACUUGUAGAGAUUCACAGAAUACCAUCCAGUGAUCAUGAAGAUAAUGCAGACAGUACAGUACAACAUAACGAUCAAACACAUCCUUAGACUGUUAGUUAUCAGUUUAAAUGUACAGAAAAUCAAUUCUUCCAAAUGGUCAACUCUGCUAAAUUAUUUGUUUGUGUGAUAUUUUCCUUGUAUAAUCUGUGUAAAGUCUAAAGGUCUUAAACUCAUUUUAGAGAGGCCCUGUUUUUAUUUUCAGUAUUAGUUUUUAACAUACUGGCCUCAAUUCAUGAAAUUAAAACUUUUACUACACCAUACUACAGUAUGUCAGUGAACUGUUACGAAAUGUUAUUGUUACUUGAACUGGUUUGAAUGAUGCUUUCUUUAUCAUUGUAUGGGUGAAUCUCAACAAAAUAUGUCUGGGUCAUAUUUCGUGGCAAAAUAAUAAUAAUAAUAAAAACCCUUAAUUAUA